UCUUUAGUAAUCUUUGGGUUUCCGAUUAUUUCUUCCACCACGGUCCCUCCCCAAAAACGCCGGCCGGGAUGGCCGCUCUCGGUUCUCUGGGUUUUCUGUCCUGCUCUGUCCUCUCUGUACAUACCACAGUAUAUUCUUUCUUAUACUGUGGUACAUAGGGUACAUACAUACAUUACAUACAAGUAACAACGGCUUACGUUUACGCAAUUAUAGAAAGAGCUUUGACGAACUUUAUACAUACCACUUUGCACGUGACAUUGUUUACUAUUUCAACGCACAACUAUUGAAUUGUGGUCGCGAAUUAUGACGGAACAGUAUCUAAAAUCUAUAAAAGUAGGAUUUAUCGGAGGCGGAAAUAUGGCCUGUGCUAUAGGCGCUGGUUUAAUUCGUAAAGGUAUAUUGAAUCCAGAUAAUGUCUGGAUUUCCAGCCGCACAAACAGAACACAUGAAUUUUGGAGGGAUCUAGGAGUUCAUCCAACGUUAAAGAACAAUGAAGUCAUAAGCAACUGUAACAUCAUAUUUCUGACAGUGAAACCACAAAUGUUGGAUGAUGCACUUGAAACUCUCAAAAGCCUACAACAGGGCCAGGAAAUAAGUAAUGAAGUUCCCACAAGCAUAAAACCAGACAGCAAGCUUUUUAUUUCAGUGCUGGCUGGAGUAACUCUUGAUACUUUGCAUACUAAACUUUAUGCAAUCAUAAAUUUUCCAAAAAUAAUAAGAGCCAUGCCAAAUACACCCAUGAUGAUUGGAGAAGGAAUUACAAUUUAUUCCAGUAAAAAUGCUGAGGCCAAAGAUCUAGAACUGGUAGAUACAUUAUUCUCUUACAUUGGCAUGAGUCAAAAUGUUCCAGAGAAUCUUAUAAAUAGCAUUGGUGGUUUGUCAGGAAGCGGCCCCGCAUUUGCAUAUCUCGUCAUAGAGGCAUUAGCGGAUGGAGCUGUAAAAAUGGGUGUGCCAAGACCAAUGGCAACUAAAUUUGCGGCACAGGUGCUAGUAGGGGCUGGAAAAAUGGUACUUGAAACUGGACGACAUCCCGGCCAGUUAAAGGACGAGGUCUGUUCAGCUGGUGGUACUACUAUUACUGGUGUUCACGCUAUGGAAGUAAGAGGAGUCAGAGGAUCUCUGAUGAAUGCUGUCGAGGCUGCUGUGAAUAAAACGAAUGAACUGUCUAAGUUAAAAUAAUUCUUUUUAGUUAAUUGAGGUGAGUAGAUGAAGUAAAUGUAUGAUAUUUAUGUAUGAUAUUAUUACUUAUAUAAGCUAUUUAAAUAUUUAAAGAUAUUAGUUUCAUGUAAUGCAAUAUAAAUUUUUUUUAUUUUAUCUUUGGGAACCUCAGUAUAGUUAAUUUUGAUAUUAAAAGUGUGUAUAAUAAAUACUUAUAAAUCACUUAUUUGAGAAAUAACACAAGUCAAUUUUUGUUAAAAUUUAAAUAUUAGGGAAUUCUCACAAGUAAGAUAUACAAUUUCCUUUAUACAAUGUAAUAAAAUCAAUACGACUAUGAAAAAGUUUGUUGUUAUUAUCAUAGUCGGUUUUUCGAAAAAAAAGAGAAAAAUUGAUUUUUUCUAUAUAUUUUAAAUUUUAUUUUAUAAUUUUUCUCAAAAGAAUCUUCACAUUCUUAGAAAAGUUAUUAGAUUUACAGAAUUUCCUAAUUUAAAAAAACCUAUUUUAUACGGGUUCCGUAUAAUGAUUUUUUACUUACAAUGUUUCUCAAAUCCAUAUAGACAGUGUAUUGUUCUAUCAACUACCUCAAAAAAAAAUAUUACAAACUAUAAUAAAUUUAUUUUGUAAAAGA